AUGAACGUUUUCAGUUAUUAUCGUGUUACAAGAGUUCAGUUUUAUGAUUUGUUAUCAUUGAUUAUCGGAGAUAUUACUAAACAAGAUACUAACUAUCGGAAGGAUAUAACGCAAAAAGAAAGAUUAGCUAUUUGUUUGAGGUUUUUAGCUACUGGUGACUCCUUUAUAACAACUGAAUAUAAUUACAGAGUGGUCGUUGAUGCGAACAAAAGAUUUAUUAUAAUAGACGUUGGUUCAAUGGGCCGAUUUAGCGACGGAGGUAUUUUUGCAGAUAGCACAUUUGGCUACAAAUUACAAAACGGGCAUCUAAACUUACCUAAUCAUAAACCUUUAACACCUGAUGGCGAUCCAACACCUUUUGUAUUUAUAGGUUAUCAAGCAUUCCCAUUACAAAAACACUUUAUGAGACCGUACCCACGGAGUGUUUAG